AUGGAGACAAAAGACUUUGAAUUGAAGAUUGAGGAUAUUUUUGAGGCUGUCGCGAGCAUCCCAUUCAAGAACAAGAAGUAUGAAAUUGAAAAAUUUGUGAGCACCAUGUUAAAUGGAGAAUUAAAGGAUGAUAAUAAGAAGCUAGUGGGACGUUUGUGGAAGCAAUUUGAGAGGAGGUGGGCUGCCGCUCACAGGCACCCGGAAAUUUUUAAGAGGGACAACGCCGUUUGGUUGCAAUCAACUAUAAAGUUCUGUUCUUCAGAGGAGAUUGACAGUAAUGUCGUCGACAAAGGAGGCCGGCCAUCAGUGCCAUUUGAAGAAUCCUCCCUCCGAAGCAAAAGGAGGAAAACACAAGAGUUGAGAAUAAACUACAGUUCAGAAGAAUUGCAGUUCUCAGCAAAUAUGCGUGCACGAGUAGAGGGGAAAUUGACAAAACAGUCGGGGUUUGAGGCCAGGCCACUCUCUAAAAGUGAGGCCUUGGCCAGAUAUGUAGAAGCGAAGAUGACGAGGCACUCUUACAACAUCUUUUACGAACCUGCCAAGUCGAUCUAUCCACCAUACAAAAAAAUUCAAGAAGCUAAAAAGCUGUGCUAUCUUCCACAAAGCAGCAGUAGUGUUUCGGAGACCGAGUGUCUCUUGGACUUACAAAUGCUAUUGGAUCACACUGCCAGAAGAAUUGUGGAAGUUAGUGAUAUAAGUGGACUAGGCCAACACGACCUCCAAUUAUUUUGGAAGUGGGGAUGCGAUGGAGCAACAGGAAUGAGUGAAUACAAGCAGAAGUUUUUAGAUCCAACUUCAAGCGACUCCGCAAUAUUCAUGACCUCUGCUGUACCGUUAAAGAUGUCAGCGUGCAGUGAUGGCCCAGAGAUCUGGCAGAACCCCCUGCCUGCGUCCCCAAAGUGGUGUCGACCUAUACGCAUCCAGUAUGUCAAAGAAAAUUCAACGGUGGUCCAACAAGAGUAUGAGCGAAUGAUGGUGGCAAUAGAAAACUUACAGCCAACUUCACUUGAUGCUCAAAAUUUUCACAUCACUAUUAAGCAUCGGAUGAUGUUUACAAUGGCUGAUGUGAAAGUUUUGAACAUAAUAACAUCUACUCCGUCCAAUAAACACUGCUAUGUGUGUGGGGCCAGUACGGCUCAAUUCCACAAGUUCAGGGACAUCCAAAACCUCACCCCGAUUGAUUCACAUUUGAACUUUGGCCUUAGUCCACUUCACUGCUGGAUACGAACAUUCGAAGCCAUUUUACAUGUCGCCUACAGGCUCUCCUUUAAAAAAUACUUCAAAAGACAUCAUGAGGAUGAGUUUAAAGCAACAAAACUUCGCAUCCAGCAGGAAUUUUUUGAACAGUUGGGGCUGCAUGUGGAUAAGCCAAGACCAGGAUCGGCCAAUUCUAAUGAUGGAAAUACCGCUAGGCGGUUCUUUGCUAAUCCACAGGUUUCUUCUGAGAUCACUGGCAUCAAAGAAGAGCUCAUUACACGAUUGCGGAAUUUGCUCUUGGCAAUAUCCAGUGGGAAACUUCUGGACCCAGGAAAAUUCGAAAGAUAUGCCAUGAAAACCGCAGAAAUAUAUGUGAAAGAGUAUGGAUGGUAUAAAAUGCCUCCUACUCUUCACAAAGUCCUGUUUCAUGGACACCAGGUUAUUGCGAAGAGCCAAUUUCCUAUCGGGUAUUUGUCUGAAGAACCGCAGGAAGCUCUCAACAAAGAAGUGUACCGGAUUAGAAGAAAUAAUACUCGCAAAUAUUCGAGCCUGACAGGUUCAAUAACAGCCUAUGCAGACGACAUGGCUCUACUAUACUCCGAAACAACAGAGGAAGCAGUUUUCAGUGGAAUGCAAAGGGAUUUGCAGUUAAUAAGAGACUGGUUGGAUGCGCAUGGAAUGGUCAUGAGUUCAAAGACGGUACUGAUGAAUUUUGGCCAUGAGACACGUAUGCCUCGGCGCCUGAUGUGUCACUCCUCUUCUUGCGUUGGGGGCGUGGGGGCGUGCCCUGUGGAGUGCAUUGAAAUACGUGAGGUUCCUCAGUUCAGGUAUUUGGGUUUGACGCUGGACUCUGCGCUGACUUGGCGGCCUCACAUUGAAGAAGUUAAAAAAGGAGUGAGGCAGGUGUCACGGCAGAUUUUCGUUCUUCGAACCUGUUGUUCUUCCCCGCUCAUCAGGGCCUUCUAUUUUGCUUUGGCAGAAUCUAGGCUAAGAUAUGGUCUGUACUUUUGGGGCAACGCUUGCAGCACUCACAUCAGGCCGCUUCAGAUUGCACAGAAGUCCGCUGUCAGGGUGAUGUCUUUUGCAGGCAGAAGACAGCACACACGACCUCUGUUUGAAAGUUGGAGGAUUCUGCCGAUCCAGCACCUAUACGUGUAUAGAGUGACGGAGUUGUAUUUCAAGCGAAGUGGACAGCGCUUCUUCAGGAGGGCUGAUUCUUCACGGCGGAGGCGAGGCACAUACGCGGUCCCAAAACCAAGAACAGUUGCAUUUCGAAGGUCAAUAAACUUUUCUGCUCCAACGAUUGUGAACAACCUGAUGCAAAGACUUCCCUCCUUGUCUCUGGGGACACUUAGGGCGUGGUUAGCCAGUGCAAACAAUGAGGAUGUGGGUCAAAUUGUUACAUCAAUCUAUGUGUAA